AUGUUGAGGGAAUCGAUGGGAACGGGUGGAACGGGCAAGCUUUUAUGCGUUGCAAAUUAUAUGCCUUUGCCUGGGUCUGGAGCAGACAAAUUGUGUUGCUGCUACGAGCAUCGCGAUCGCGGAGUAAGUAGCCGCUUCUUGCACGACAUAAUCGACACCAACAGCAGCGCCAUCUGAAGAUGUUAUUUCAUUUGAGGCUUAGCGCAGGUGUAUAAUUCGUUAUCACAGAAACAGAUCUCCAUCUUGGAUUGCGAUUGGUGUUGGUCCACCGUCAAGAAAUCAACUUGCAUCACAAAUCCCGACCCAGAUCAUGUUGACAUUUUUGCAACGCAUAUAUAACUUUCGUGAAGGCCAACAAGGCCGGGACCAACAAGGCUAGAAUGAAGAAGAAGCUCCUGCGUGCGGGGACGGCGAAGGCCAAGCUUUCGGAUCCGACGCCGCACUUUCCGUGUAUGCCCGGGACCUCUUGCGCCAUGGGUGGCCAGACGUGUUGCAAGUUUGAGUGUGCCGCCGCCUCCGGCGGAAUGGGCCUCACUGCGCCAACCUUGGGUCGUUGCUUCACCCUUGAAGAUGGUGGUGAGUGUCCAGAGCACACCAACGACAAUGUCAAAAAGUACUGUCCCGAGUAAUUGCAGUAGACCGACAGAGCGGAGCAAAAUCACGACCACCAAGCAACUGCCCUACAAUGUGAAUCGAACUGAGGCUCCUAAGAGUUGAACGCAUUGGGGUCAUCUUCAGGUACCGUCGUCUCCAAAAUGAACUUACUUAAUUUAUAUCAAAAUGUAUGUGUCAAGCUGAAGACUCUGUCUACGCAUUGCAAAAGUAUCGUAUUUCUAGCAUACUCUGACUGUCGUGCGGGGACCACUGGCACCCGCAUCGCGGGGCUGGUGGCGUUUUCAAAAUCAAUCUGAGUAAGAAGUUGAAGUACCCCUCAACAAAUAAAAUUCUUGCCCCACCCUAAAAUCCCAUCUCUUCCCCAACAAGUCACACCCAAUCUGAAGGAAAACUUUAGAAUGCAGUACUAAUUUACUUUACUUAGCCGAGCCUAGGUCAUUGUGCUCGUUACUUUAUGCAGCAAGCACGAGAAGUUCCAAUCGGUUUUCAACAGCAGCACGACAAAAGAUAUACCCAGGAACUAUUUACACGGAGGACAUGAUCAAUCUGGUCGUCCAUAUUAAAGUGCGACGAUCCGUUUCUUCAGGCAGUGCUAGCGCUUCUAGAGCUGCGUCCUAAAUCCUGACCUCCCGUCGAUUUUUCCGUGAAGUCUCC